UGAUACUCAAGAAUAUUCUCCGGUACAACAAUUUUUAGCCGACUUAGUGUUCUUCACGGGAAGUUGUUACAGUUGCUCGGCUGAUUGCGAAGAAUGCCGCCGAUUAAAUUUUAAAGAAAUGGUUAAAAGGUUUCGAAAACCUUGUAAAAAGUUAAUAAAAAAUUGUCUGUGGAGAGGGCAAAAAUUCGAUUGUUGCGAAAAAUUUUUACCUUUAAACACGGAAUACGGAGUUUGCUUUUCUUUAAAUUCAAUGCAUACAAAAAAAACUUUUCAAUCUCACCUAGACAUGGAAUCGAAUCGAAAAACGGGACCCGGAGAAUUAAUAAUUGAACCAAUCGAUGAUAUAAGAUUUUAUUUUCAUGCUCGCGAAGAUGUUCCUUUUAUUAAUUCAGAUCCGGAUCAACGCAGAGAUGUGAUGUUGGGUGAAUCUUAUAAUGUUAUCUUUAAA